AUGAUCUACUCAAAGCUUUCGACUCGCCUCUUCUCGCACGGCGUGACGGUCGUCGGUCCUCCUCUAAGCCAUACCACGCGGCGAAGAGCGACCAAUACUUUCAGCAUUGGCGGUGCAUCUUGGUCCUCAUCGUACCUCUCUUACAGCUUCGUGCGUCCUUUGCGGCACCUCUCUUGGUGUCGGGUCAAAGCAGCUGGAGAUACGCGCAAUGCAACGACCCAGCGCCCGGCAGACGUCGGCGCAGCAAUCGUCGUCGGAGCUAUUUUCUCAGGUGUCAUAAUACUAGCGACGUCGCAGUCGGCAUUUGCGGACGCGCCCAGCCCAGAUGAGAAGUUGAUUCGCCUCCACGAGAUCCACGAUCACAAUCGGAGGGCCGACGCGUUCUGGGUCUACCGUGGCAAUCGUGUCUACGAUAUCACCGACUGGGUUCCGAACCAUCCUGGCGGCGAGGUAAUUUUACGUGCAGUGGGUGGCAGCAUCGAGCCAUACUGGAAUAUUUUCACCAUUCACCAGAAACAAGACGUGUAUGAUAUUCUCGAACAAUACUUUAUUGGCACCAUUGAUCCACGUGAUUUGGUGGAUGGCCAGGCACCCGCCGAUCAAGUCGACGACCCAUUCAAGUCUGACCCUCUCCGAGAUAAGGAGCUCAUUGUACACAGCACCCGUCCAUUCAACGCCGAAACAGCUGCGACCGAUCUACAAACCUUCAUUACCCCGACGAGCCGCUUUUACAAAAGACACCACCUCUGGGUGCCCCAAGUCGACGAAGAGACCUUCACGCUCACAGUGGAGCUUCCAGAUGGCGAGGAAAAGGUGUACUCUGUAGCAGAUUUGCGCAAAAGGUUCAAGGAGCACACGAUCACCGCGACCAUGCAAUGUUCCGGUAAUCGUCGCUCGCACAUGACUGAGGGCUCCAGCCCAACUAACGGGAUCCAAUGGGGAGUUGGCGCAAUCAGCAACGCAUCGUGGACAGGAGUGAGAAUGCUUGACGUUCUUGAGGAUGCAGGUUUCAAUGUUACGACUCUGCCUGAAGACGUCAACCAUGUGCACUUCCUCGGUGCUGAGGCUUACGGCGCGUCAGUGCCACUUCAGAAAGUCAUGGAUCGCUUUGGCGAUGUAAUGAUCGUCUACGCAAUGAACGGCAAGCCUUUGUCGAGAGAUCAUGGCUAUCCUCUGAGGGCGUUAGUGCCUGGCACUGUCGCCGCACGUAGUGUUAAGUGGCUGAAUAGAAUCAUCCUAUCGGAAGAAGAGUCCUCAUCACAAUGGCAACAGCGCGACUACAAGUGUUUCGGACCUAACGAAGGCAGCAAGCCUGACUGGGAGAGCGCUGUAGCAAUUCAAGAAACUCCUGUGCAGUCUGCUAUCACUGACGUACAGAAGGUGACCACGAAUCGCUUGAAAGACAGCUCUUUGGCCCGCGUCUACGGUCUUGAGGAGGAAUCUAUUAUCUUGCGUGGCUACGCCUUCUCUGGUGCUGGUCGCUCUAUUGUGCGAGUAGAUAUUAGUCCAGAUAAUGGGAAGACCUGGCAGCAAGCGCAGAUCGAAGACGCCAAGGAACAGGGCCAACGUUCCUGGAGUUGGCGCCUGUGGAGCCUGGCAGUUCCGACGCGUCUCCUUUCCGGCAACGUCUGUGUCAAAGCUACCGACGAUGGAUACAACACACAACCCGAGAGCUUUACGCCAUAUUAUAACUUCCGCGGCAACUUAGCUAAUAGCUGGCAUAGAGUGCCGACAUCAGAAGUUCUCAGCGCCGCUGCAGUUCCCAAAUGA